CCGGGACUCACCGCCUAAGGUGAGGAGCACAGGAGGCCCCUGAAGAUGGGGGACCAGGGGGCCCGCCAGGAGAUGCCUCCGACCCCAGAGCCGCCCUCGGGGCAGACGGAAGCCUCCUCAUGGGCCCCGCUACCCUGUGGACCCUGCAUCCCCAUCAUGGUGGCCCUGGCCACGCUGGCCGCCGUCUUCCUCCUGGCCACAGCCGUGCUGGCCGAACGCCUGUUUCGCCGCUCCCUCCGGCCAGACCCCAGCAUUCGCGCACCCACCCUCGUGUGGCGCCCCGGAGGAGAGCUGUGGAUCGAGCCCAUAGGCACGCCCCGAGAGCGCUCUGAGGACUGGUAUGGCUCGGAGGUCCCCCUGCUGACGGACCGUGGCCCAGACCUGCCAGCCCAGGGGGGCACCUUGGAGGCACGAGCGACAGCCCCACCCGCCCCCUCAGCCCCACGCUCCCCUCCCAGGAGCCUGGUCCCCCAGACUCCACCCAAUGCCCCAAACCGGAGCACCUUCUGGGGGCCCCAGGUCUGGGACGAGAGGCCCCAGGCCCCAGGCCUGGUGAGCUGGGCUGAGCCUGAACAGAGGCCAGAGGCCAGUGCAUAUCCCGGGAGCCCCCAGGCUCGGAGGGUGCGGCCAGGAAGCCCGGAUCUUGAGUGGGGCCUGCAGCCUCGGGUCACCCUGGAGCAGAUCUCAGCAUUCUGGAGGCGUGAAGGCCGAAGCAGCGUGGGUUUCUGA